AUGCAACAGGUUGAGGAGCUCAGGCGAAGAACGGAUGAGGGGAAGGAUCGCAUCAGACAGGCGAAAAUCGCAAUGGAGCGCACGUGGUGGGAUCAUUUGGUUGAGCAUGUGAGCUCGUCGGCGCCAGCAUCGGGCCACAUGGCAGUGUCAACAGCUCCAUUCUUUCAGGAUGUGCCCGACCGUGCAUUGUCAGGCAUACUCCCAUCGGAAGAUGUGGACUCCAAGACUUUGUGGAAGGCUCUUGAAGAAGGCAUGCCAAACCUCAACCGGCGAAGGAGGAAGGCGCUUCAUCGAGCAUCCAAUUGGGUUGUUCACUUGUUUGCGGGCCCUGGCUCGCACAAGGCUUUCAAACGAUUGGAGUCGCAGGAUACAGUUGUUGUUGAGCUUGACAUUUGCCGCUCAAGGAGCCAAGAUCUUUACCAUGAUCCGCUUUGGACGCUUCUUGCUAAGGUUGCAAAGUUGGGACGAGUUGCGGCGGUCAUUGGAGGUCCACCAACCCGCACGUGGUCCAUGACAGGGCACCGCGCCGAUGGACCACAUCCACUCCGCUCGCCCACUGAACCGUUUGGCCUGAGCACUCUCACCUCUGACGAGCGUGAUCUCGUUGAUCGUGAUACGGGUUUGUAUGCUCGCAUGUUGUGGUUGCAUGCACUCUCCACCGCCGGGAGGCGUGUGCACCCAAACCCAUCGAAUGGAACAUCCAUGGUGGCAUUCAUGUUGGAGCAACCGUCGGUUGAACACCACAUGGCUUCAAGCCAUUCUGCUGUGGGUAGCGCUCCGUCGUUUUGGAACACCGCGCUGUGGCAAGCUUACGCUGAAGAGGCUGGUUUGUUUGAGGUGCAUUUCCGUCAAGGUCCGUUGGGGCACGCUGGCGAUAAACCCACAACUGUUGGCACAAACUUGCCCGACCUUAGAGACUUGCAAGCGUUGCAGGGGGAGGUGCCGCAGGUUUGUUCUAGCGCCGACAACCGUGUGUCUCCAGUGUGGGCGCCGGGGUUUGUGCAAGCCAUCGUGUACGCACUCCAACGGUGGCCAUGUUACCGCCUCAUGAAAUUCACCCAAGCGGAUUGGGAACAGCAUGUUGCGAACAAUCACGUGCCUUACCGCCGUGAUUGUGCAGUUUGCGUGCACGGUGCCGGAAACGGCCGCCGCCACCACGGUGUAGUUCACCCGGAUGUGUAUUGCAUGUCAGCCGACAUUGCGGGGCCCAUCCGUGUGAAGGGCAAAGACCCAGAAAGCCGCAACCACCGACCAGCCACGUUCAAGUACUUCCUCGCUGUGUCGUACCGCUUCCCACGGCUCAGAGGAGUGAAGGAGGAGUCAGACCCCAGCCAAACCGAGGGGUUUGAUGAUGCAGCACUCCUCCCGGGAGGGACGGAUGACCUUGCAGAUGAGGCCUUUCCCGCAGCAGAAGGCCCCCCGUGCGAGGAUUACGAGGACUCCCUGUACGAGCCAAGAGACUCGCUUGAGGAGGAGCACACACCACCUCCACGCAGGGUUCGCGGCAAGCGGUCUGCUGGUGUGAGACUUGACGACGUCUUUGCACUUGACCCGCCGCCCCCCUUGCCGCCGCCAGCAGAAGCUCCACACCCGGAAGGGCCUGUGUCACCGGUUGAGGAGGAGUCUGCCCGUGUAGCGCGCUUGAGUCUGCAAGACCUUGAAGGUUUAGCUACGGAGCUUAUCGAGGACGACUGGGACCUUGAUGAAGCGUUGUGGGUGUUAGCCGAAGUGUGCAGAGCAGCGCCCCAGCUGCAACACAAAGCUGGGUUGUACCGUCACGGAGGUGUCGUAGGAGUUUUAGGGGGUACCACAGAUAAGCCUUGGCUGACAGAGCUUAUGAAUAUGGUGCUUUCGGCAGUUGCACCCACAGCAGAGUACACCUCGCUUUGGUUGUCUAACUCCACUGUUCAACCCGUGCACGCCGACCACCACAACCUGCAGGGAUCCACAAAUGUAGUCCUCCCUUUGAAGCUCCCGCCUAACGGAGGGGAUUUGUGGAUAGAACUCAAGCCUGGUGACCUAGUCAGUGGCCCUGUAGAGGAGCGGGUAGACGGCAAAGGCAGGCGCUGGUUAGGGACAACUCACAAGUUAGAGCGCGGUAAGCCCUUCUUCCUAGACCCUACUCGCCGCCACGCCACCACUCCCUGGAAGGGUGAGAGAGCAGUGCUUGUCGGCUACACUGUCAACACGUUAGGCAAAGAGCUUGAGCACGAGUUUCAAAGCCUUGAAGCUUUAGGUUUUCCACUCCCAGCGUCGGUACGUUUACCGCUGACUGAGCAGCAAGACGUGAGACGUCUAGACGCGUUUGACUGCUUCGAAGAAGAGCCCCUUCAGGAGACAAAGGCACGUCACCCUGACGGGAAGACUUCUGAGUUAGCGCCUGGGACUGUGCUUAAAGGCGGAGGUUGGAAAGAAACCCAAGCCGUAGAAGCAGGUACUGUAGAGCUGGAGGUGUCGUGGAACCUGAAACACUCGCCGGACCACAGGCGAACCCAGUCUGAGCACGCCCUGCUGGCUUGCCAACCAGACACCGAGACACAGGUUGAGGAGGAGGAGAGCUCAAGCGAAGACUCCUUGCCGGAGCAACCAGUGCUGUGGGAGUUGUGGGUUCCAGACCCGCAGACAGGUGAGCAGCUGUGUGUUCUCAGGUCUGACGACUCGGACGCGAGUGAAGCUUGCGCCCUUUGCAAGUCUGAGCCGGUUUACACUACCAACGUGGAGCUGUUGCUUGACGGGUUGCAAGAACCACUGCAGGUAGUCCACACUGUAGACCCUCGGGAUGCAGAGCAAUGCAUCGAGAAGUGGAUGCCGUCCAUUCACAAAGAGAUCGGUGUCAUUGAGAAGGCUGUGCGGCGACUGCCCCCUGCAGAGGGUGACGCUGCCCUCGCUACCCGGAAGGGUCAAGCUUACCACAAACGCAAGGCUCGCUUGGUCGCUUGUGGCAACCACGCCUACAGUGAAAUUCAAGCUGUGGGCACUGGGACCGUGGCGCAGCAAGACCUGCAGCUGAGUGCCUUCGCUGUCCUACUCGCCUUCUUUCAGGUCGUAGGUGCUGCCAGCCAGACAACGGACGAGGAAGAAGACUUGUCUCUCCCCGUGUCGCUUGAUGCAGAUUUGAUGUUGGCAGUAUCCAUCAUCUGCAUUGGUAUCUGCUUCAUUGCAGUGUGGGAGUUCUUCAAGUGGUGCCUUCAAGGCGUCAUCUCCCGCCGAGAGGCAGGGACACCCGUGUUGUCUCUGAGCCCCCGCAAGGCGCGCAAGUUACAGCGCCUUCGAGAUCAAACUGCGCAGGCCAUCCAGGCCGAGAUCUCUGCACGUGAGGAGGCAGCAAGCUCGCAGUCUGAUCAGUUCUACGAGCUGACGGCCCAGGGCUACUUGCAGAACUUGGAGAGCCAGCUCUGCCUUUCAGUGCUGGAGGUCACGACCACCACGGUGCAGGGCUCGGAGGAGUCGCCGCUUCUUUACCCCACCGUCAUGGCGACGUGCGGCAGCAGCGCGCUGCAGAUGUUCGAGAUUGACAACAAGACGGCUCAAUUCCGGGUGCAAGGCACCGGCUUCUGUUUGGCCUCCACCUCCGGCAGCAACGAUGCUUCCUUGGUCGGCCAAGCUUGCAGCGACGCGGACACGUCCAUGUCCUGGGAGUUUGUGGACACCGCUGCAGUUGCCGAGCGCUGCGCCAGCCUCUGUGGCGAUCCCGGGGAGGACGAAGCCAGUAUAGCAGCGAGAACAACAUUAGCACUCACGAAGGCAGACUAUGACACGCUGAAGGCCACAGUUUUGAAGCAGGCGUCAAAACAGCUGCUUCUCAUGGGAUGGCCGACCGGCAUGAGCGAACAAGACCGUGACAAAGAAAUCCGUGGCAUGGCACAGUACUAUGGUGUAGCUGACAAGUUGCAGGGCACCACCACACUGAAGAACAAGCAAGGACUUGGCCACUUCACCAUUGUGCACAUGUGGGACAAGGACGCGCGCAACACCUUCCUGCACAAUGUCAAGAACGACCCGCACAAGAUCAAGGGCAACACCAUCGUAGGAAGACCGCAGAUACCCCGCUACCGCCGUGAACAAGAUGCUCCCAUGAAGUGCGCUAUGAAGGCAUUGGCGACCAUCUACGGCGGCAACCCCAAAUUUCGACCAACCUGGGAAUUGCAGGCCCUAUGGUAUGAAACCGAAUGGGUACUAGCAGUUGCUACGGACGCAAACGACGCCACCAAAGUGACCAUCUUCGUCCCCGACGACAAGAAGGAGGAGUUUGAGACUCAGUUUGCGGAGGAUUGGCCGACAUGGCAAAACCGGGGCAACCAGACGGAAGGCAGUCCACAAAAAUACCUUCGCAUCAACAUUAUCGCCUUCACCGAUGACGCUUUGCAGGAGCUGAACGAACGCUACGCAAACAUGAGCACGCGCUCCCGCAGCUCCAGACCCUCGGACGACGUAGACAUGGCGAAUGCUGAUGAGGAGGUGAGACUCAAACUGGGUGCUAGGCGCCAACAGGCGCCGCGCCCUCGCUGGGAUUUCCAUAGUGCCUCGCCCAGGAACAUCCGCGAGAUGAACGAAGCCCUGGAAGCUCGAUUGGACAACAUACAAAGUAGUGAUGAUGUGUCACAAACAUGGGACCUUCUCCGGGAAGUGUUUGUUCAGGCCAUGGAAGAGCACAUACCCAAAUACCAGUUUGCACCUAGGAAACCCUGGAUUAGCCAGAGCACCUUGGAUCUGAUUACGCGUAGAGGUGUCCUACGCAGCCAAGGCGACCUCCAGCAGGUGGCCGAGUACAAUAAAGACAUUAAGCGUUCUGCCAAACGGGACAAGAAAAAUUGGCUCGAAGAGCAACUACAAUCGAAUUCGUGGGAGCCGAUAAAGCAGCUCAAGAAAUCGCUCCCUACAAAGAUGGUUCGACUUGAGCCAUCACCAAGUUUAGGGAUUUCACCAACAGCCACAAAUGCAGAUAUCUAUGCCGCGCAUCUAGAGCAGGUGCAGUGGGCUCCUGCAGCAUCACCUGGGGUUGAAGAUCUCAGCACGGAUCUCUUACCACAUGCUGCCCCGGAUAUUGAAGAGGGCCCUUUGACCAUGGCCGAACUCAUUCAGGCCAUUAAGCAUCUCAAAUCCGGUAAGAGUGCGGGCCAAGACAAUAUUCCAAAUGAGUUUUGGAAGAACCUUUCCGGCAAAGGCUUAGAGGCUCUUUUGGACUUGUUUCAAGACUGUUGGAGUCACGGCAAGAGCCCAUCGACAUGGAAGCAGUCUCAGGUUAUAGGCAUCUUCAAGAAAGGCAUUCCCACCACUUGGGGAGCUAUGGUCAUCGGUUGUGAAAGGAUCCCCAACGAACAGGAGUUCUUCGAGAUCUGGCAGCUCUACAACGAGGACAAUGCGGUUGCUGCUUUGCGUUUUGCCAGUGUCUUGAUCAACAUCCCGGGACAGAGGCGUCAGUUCCUGCAGGAGGGUGCCGAUGGCAGCGUGGAGUACUGGGCUUGGUCUCGGUUUGGCCUCGUCAAGGAGCCAGAGAUCAUCAGGGUGUACCAGCCGCCGACGGUUCUGUCCUCGAUCGCGCAGAGUUUCUUCCCAGCGGAGAUUGAAAACAUGAGCCUCUACACACCAGAGAAGGCGAUGAUGAUCACGGCGCAGAUCGCCGAGACAGGCGCCGAGCCUCAGACGCCCUUUGGCUUCACGUACCUGGCCGAGGAUCAAACCCCCUUCAUCGACAGCGUGCUCGUGAACGGAGAGGACACCUUGAACAUGACGGAGGGGGACACAGUUGUGUUUCAAGUUCGCAACUUUGACGGCCUCACCGCGGCAGACGUGCAGGUACACCUUGGCCUGACUGCGGUGACCGGUAUCACGCUGACCGAGAACAUGGUUUCCUUUACUGCUCCUCCUGCCACCCACGGCCGACUUGUGAUGAGAGUCAUGGCGGGCUGGAAAGGCUGGGCAGAUUUUGAGCCCGUCUUACGCACCGGCGAGCAGGAGGCUACCGUGAUCAUUUUCUUCGAUGACCUCAACGAGGUCAAUUCCAUCUCACCGUCGGCCGGCUCGAUGCCUGGUGGAGCGACUGUCAAGCUCACCGGCAAGGGUUUCCGUCUACCAGGUACCAGCAACGGAGUCACGCUGUACCACCGCACCGGCGACAAGAAGGGCCAAAUGGCAGGUAUCUGCAACGUCACCACGGGCACCCUCGACAGUCUGGAGUGCCAGAUGCCCUCGGUGGACUUGUCACACUGGGCCAGCACCCAGUUCGAGGACCUGGAGCUCUCCUUCGCCGUGACCUCCAACGUCACCUUGGUGGGUUUCAACUUCGGCUUGCUCAAGCGAGAGGCGGACGGUUGCGUCGACUACCACCCAGGGAUUAUCGGACCGGACGAGAAGCUGAAGAUCGAGCGCGAGGUCGUUGCGCCCUUCGUGGCCAAAGCAAAAACGAUCCCAGCUGCAGAUACCAGCGCCAAACAGAAGUUGGCCUUUAUCUUCCUCACAAUGCGGGAGCUUCAGUGGCACAGUUUGUGGGAACGCUUUUUCCAGGACGCCCCUGUCGGUGAGUAUUCCAUCUACGUACACCAGGCUGCUGCCACACCAGAAAAGUCGAACACGACGCUUCCCCUGCAUCGCUUCGGAGCCCUUCGAGUUCCCCGAGUCAGAACGGCAUGGUGUGCCUUAUUUGGUGUCGAGGUGGCAACACUUUUCGCGGCGCUGAACGACCCGACAAAUGCGCAGUUUGUGUUCCUGUCCGACUCCACUGUGCCUUUGAAAAACUUUGCCUACGUGCACAAGGAGCUGAUGCAGGUGGCACCUUCGAGCAGCAAGGUUUGCCUCGCCGAGCCAGCGACCUUCCACUACGUCAAAGCCGAAGUGCUGAAACAGGAGGCUUCACGCAGCUGUGUCUUCCGUGACUUUUAUCGAGCGUACAACCCACACACGAUGAAGCAUCACCAGUGGGUGACGUUAGCGCGGAGACAUGCGGAGCAGGUCGUUGUCCAUGCAGAGGCUGCUCUCAACAUCUAUCAAUCUUCCUGGAUCCAGGCGGGCCCCGACUUAGACGUGGGUGAGGGCUGCUCAGACGAGUCGGCUCCCCUCACCGCGCUGUUGACCUCCUUGCAAGUGGAGGGAAAGAGCAGUGGGAACACCUGGACCGACCUCACUCGUCUCGGAAUUGAGCAGGACUGCCUCACCUAUGUGCGAUGGCGAAACUGUUUCUCUGGCACGGAGCUGGAUUUGAACAGCGGGGCCGUCGCCGAUUUCAGCACGGCCCUGUCGAACAUUGGUGAAAUCAGAGACUUGCUGUUGCAAGACAACUUCGACUUUCUCAAGAGCAACAUGAAGAGAGAGCUGAACGGCUUCCCGCAUUACUUCAGCAACAUCACUGAGAGCUAUCUCUGGAGCAUGGUGAAGCAGGGUUUCAUGUUUGCUCGCAAAUUCGCACCAGGCAUCCAAGUCCAGAUGAAUGGCAGAGUAAAGGCUGCGCCUGCUCACGGGUGGCUGAAUUUCCUGGGCAUGGGGUCAUCCGAGCCCAAGUCAGUGAAGCACGAGCCACUCGAGACUUUGCUUCCUCGGAUGUGGUCCGAGAUCAACGCAUCGGAGGCCCGCCAGCUGAGCUGGAGACACCUGGAAGUAUCUGGGAAGCCCUUGCCGCUGGAGAAGCCAUGA